CCUACAAAUGAAACCUCAUGGCUUCUUAUCCCUGCAUUUUGAGGUUGGUGCAGCCAGGCAUAUUAUUAGGAUAUAUAGAAGAUAUUUUCUUCUCUCUCUCUCCGUCUCUCUCUAAAAUCUUCAUCUCGGUAUUCACGCUACGGGUUCAAUCUGUUCACUUCAUUGGGAAUUGCGAUCGUUGCAGCGCUAUCUCCGGACUGAUCGAAGAGUUUCCGAGAUUUGAGAAUGGCGAAUUCCGAGAAACAGCAAUCGACGGAGGAUCGACGGAUCGACGACGUGGAUCGCGCCGAUCAGGUUUCGGGCGGGGAUGGUUCCAUGGAGGUCUCUUCCAGCGGCGACGAGGCGUCGGUGCGCGCGAAUCGGUCGGUUACGCGGAGGUUGACGGAGAUUUUGGUGGAGGAUAGGGAUGCCGAUCUGCUGCUGCAGAGGAGCGGGAGAGAGGAGGGGGUUAUCCAAUGGCUUCGCGCAUUGGAUUUGCAGGUGACGGGGGCUUGCCGAGCGGAUGAGAGGUUGAAGCCUUUGCUCAAGCUGAACGCCUCCGCUGCCAUGGCUGAGGAUGGUCUGCUAGCUCACCUUAGUCAGCACUUUGAGCCGUCAGAGGUUGGUAUGUUGGCCAGGUGCUUGUGCGCACCGCUGGUUUCUAUCCGAGUCGGAAAGAUCAACAAGCAAGGAACAUUUCUGUCUCCAACCUCUGUAAGGGGGAAUUUAUGUCUCACCCUUCUGCCAACAUCAGAUUUGCGAAUAUCGUUUAAUGGAGAUGAUGGCUCCGAGGAGAGGCUGGCGACAUUAAGUACUGAGGCUCAGUGUACUGAUGUCGAAAUUAAUGAGAUCCCUGCUGAUAAAUCUGGAAGAUCCUUCUUUGUGAAGAACUCAGAUGGUGUGGUUUCUUAUUUUUGGUGCUCCGAAAAGUCUAUGCUUGUGGGGUAUGAAUUGCUAAGAAAGUUGAAGGAUUUGCUAGCUCAGAAACCUUCACUCGCUGAAUUAACUGGAAUUAGCGAGUCAAGACUCAACUCUUUUGUGAGUCAUCUUCGAGCAUACCUAGCGGGAACUGUGGUAAAUAGUGCUCAAGUGAGUGGCGCGCUACCAGCUAGCCCUUCAGAUAGCUCAGCCGAUUCUUCUGAACAUAACAAUCCUCAUUCAUCAGCCAACUGUUUGAAGAGUUCACGCGCCAGGCAAUAUGGCAGUCAGGGAUCAAAGACAAACCUCAUCUAUCAGGGCUGUUUAAGUCCCAGGUCGAGUUCGUUCAAAGAAGGCAUGCAGAAAAGUUUGUCUGACAUAAGGAUUGCCGCCAGAGAAAAAUUGAGGCGUCGUGGCGAGAAUAAUGUUCAAGGCAUUGACAGCUUACUUCAGGCUUCAUCGAAAACCUGUGAAGCUUCUAGUUCUCAUUGCUUUCAGAAAGAUAAACUUCCUGAGGUGAAUGGGAAUGGAACUCCUCUCCAGUUCGCUUCGUUAAGUUUAAGUUUCUUGGAAGUAUUUGGUACUUCUGGCGAGCUCCCGCCUUCAGGACCCGACACGCAGGCUCCCUCGUCAAGUCCGUCUCCUUUUUCUCCUCACUACUGCUGGUGUCCUCCUGUUGCAUCAGCACUGCAAUUCACUAAAGGAAAUUCACUUGUUCCCACCGAAUCCCUUUCUCUGCCUCCACUUUCGUCUCUGCUAUCAUCUGCAAGGUCGUCAGGUCUCGUCACCUCAAAACCACUGCUAGAUCUAGCAGAGCUUCCACCUUUUGAUUUUCCUAGCUUCCUCCCAGAGCCUUUGGUUAGAUUACCAUCUUCACAGCAAAUCCCGACGUUUACACCUUUGAUCUGCGACCCUAUUGUUCAUAUUCCAGUUAUUGACAUCUGCUCGUCGGGCCAAGGGUAUCUAGUCAGUGCUGGUCCUGCCAUGUCUACCUCGAUCCCACCCUUGAAUCCGAAUCUUGUCGACCCUCUGCUCCCAAAUGGUGAAUCUAUGGUGGAAAAGAGCGCUAGGGAGACGCUCCGGAUGCUCAUCAACAGCUCCAACCAACCCAAUCCGCGACUGCUAGAGGUAUUGCCUUCUGUCCUAAGCAGCAGCAUUGAUAGCCGUAGCAUACUUGCUGCAGGAAGCCGGGGUCUCUACAUCGGAACCAAGGAUGUCGAAGCUAGUAGCAUGCCCUCUUUCGAGCUUGUUUUGUUGUCCGAGAAUUCAGCGGGGCCCGGGGCUGGGGGUAGCAUUGUCAAAAGAAUUGCUAGCAAUGAUCAUAAGGAGAAGGCAUCUACCUCAGAUCCAUCUAGUUUCGAAGAAGCUAUAGAAUGAUAGUUGCCUCUUUUGUGUUUUGUAAUUGUCUGGUAUUCAUCGAAAUGUAUAGAAAUCGGUGAAGAUGCUAUGUGAUAACUAUUAUCUAUCAGCUUGUGGCUCAGUGUAAUUAUCCAUUUUUUGAGAAAGAUCAAAUGAAAGGGAAAAUGCAGUCUUUCUAUGAUUCUUAA